AUGGAUCCAUACACUCCCCCCGCCCCGGUCACAACACACUUUGACACGCAUCAAUUUAUUCAACGACUCGAGUCCGAGGGGCUUUCAAGGUCUCAGGCAGAGGGAAUCAUGACGGCCGUCGCGGAAAUCAUCGACGAGAGCGUGAGGAAUAUGAGUCGGAAUAUGGUCACAAAGACAGACCAGGAAAAGUACUCGUACACCCAAAAAGUCGACUUUGCGCAACUCAAGUCUGAAAUCCAGCUUUUGGAGAAGAACGAUGUAGCGUUAAUGAAGGCGGACAACGACCGUCUUGUCACGGACGUCGAACGCCUCAAAGCCCGUCUUCGAGAGGAGAUUUCGCGUACCCAGGCUGGGGUUAGAUUAGAUCUUAAUUUAGAAAAGGGAAGGAUAAGAGACGAGAGUAGUGUUCAAGAGCUGAAGAUCCGAGAGGUAGAUACGAGGAUUGAGAGUGAGAUUUCGGGAUUGAGGACGGCGAUUGAGCAGAGCAAGGUUAGUUCUCCGGAUUGUUGUUGCCGUGAUCGUCUGGUCGUUCGAUCAAUUCCCACCCAUCGGUUCUUCCCUCCAUUUCGUUAG